UUAUUUUAUGUCAUGUGAUUUUUGGAAAAAUUUAGGUUUCAACUACGUCAAUCGAUGCGUUUGCGGAACAACAAAGGACCUGCUGCCUACAGGAAGAGAUGAAGAGUUGUCACUUUCAAAUAGGCUUUGAAACUGAGUUUUGUAUAGUUCGAUCUUGGACGGCUCUUCAUCAAGACCCAGCUUUGGGAAUACCUGAAGCAGAGGUCCACUUCUGCCAGGUGUCUGGAUUCCAUUUUAGUAAAAGUGAUGAAGAGGGAAACUGCAUUCAGAUAACCUCUGAGGUUUCAGAUGAAGUCGUGAGAAGAUGUGUCUGUUAGAUAAGCCUGACUUUUUCCUUCCCGUCUGUGUUUAUCGAUACUGAAGAUGAAUCGGUCUUCUUUGAAAGCUGAUCACAGCGAGUACUGCGCAGUCAACGACCAAAUGGAGCCGUUUACUUACUUCUACUACAUGAUCUUCUUGACUGGAAUCAUUGGGAGCUCUGUGGCACUGUGGGCGUUCAGUCGGCAUGGCAAAAACAACAAAUGCAUAAACAUUUACCUGCUCAACCUACUGACUUCAGACUUCUUACUGACUCUGGCCUUGCCUUUUAAAAUCGCUGUUGACUUAGGCAUUGCCCCUUGGAAACUGAAGAUCUUUCACUGCCAGUUCUCUGCCUGCCUCAUAUACAUAAACAUGUACGCAUCCAUUAUAUUCUUAGCUUUUGUGAGCGUAGAUCGGUACCUUCAGAUAACUCAGAGCUCAAAACUGUUUAGGAUACAGAAUGUGGGAUUUGCUAAAAUGAUGUCUGGAGUAGUGUGGGGGUUGGUGCUGUUCAUCAUGGUCCCGAACAUGCUAAUUCCCAUCAAGACUAUAGAAGAAAAAACUCUGGUCACCUGCGCCGAAUUCAAACAGGAACUGGGACUCAACUGGCACAUGCUUACAAAUUUCAUAUGCAUAGCUAUAUUUCUGAAUGCUUCGGCCGCUAUACUGAUUUCAAAUGGGCUUGUCUUGAAACGCCUAUGUCGAAACAGGAACAGCAAGAAUCACCAAAAUGUAAAGCAGGCUACGUUCAAUAUCUUGGUUGUCACCCUGGGAUAUGUGGUUUGUUUUGUUCCGUACCACAUCGUUCGAACCCCGUACACAUUUACACAGAACAAGGUCAUCACCGACUGCUCACUGAAGCGCUCGCUGUUUUUAGCCAAGGAAAGCACCUUGCUGCUGUCAGUGCUCAAUCUUUGUUUUGAUCCAGUCCUGUACUACCAUCUCUCACACUCCUUUAGACAAAAGGUCUCAGAGGCAUUCAAGCCACAAUGACAGCCUUCCAUAAAAAACACAGUUCUGGCUGAAAAAUGAAACGUGUUCAAUAAAAAAAAAAAAAGAAACCUGAAAAUGGCCUAAAAGCAUGUCUUGUUCUAUCUGUUUGCUUUUCAUUCUUGGAUAGAUGAAUAAAUUGAGACAUUUUUGCUUAAUACUUUGCUCUCACAUGGGUGCCGUAGUGAUGGAACAGGUUGUUGUUCAGCUUAGACUAGUUUUAUUUCACACGCUACUGAAAUCAGUGUGGACAGUCAAUCUACUGCAAAGGAGCAAUCUGAUUGGCUAGAAAGGUUGUACUGAUGUACAAUUGGUGAAUACUUACAACACUGUAACUCAUGUGGAUAUUCUGACUACAACCUUAAGAAUUCAAAUGGCAUAUCAUUAGCAUAUCAUUAGCAUAUCAUUAUAUUUAGUACUGUAUAACAACUGUCAAUACAUCUGAUCAGUCAACUUGUACGUAUAUUUGCAUCUAUUGCGCUUUAAACCGUUGAAAUUCAUUACUUGGAAAUGAUAUUGAAUUAUAUUAUAUAAAACAGUAAGAUAUAAUAUUGGAAAAAUGAUGUUAUAAACUCAAUAAAUAUUGUGGGCCUGUCUGAUGCUAUCAAAAAACAAAGAUAAACUAGUUUUAUUCUAUUAACAAGUUUUAAUAAAUGUGACACUUGAACUGACAUAUUGUAUACAGGAAAUUCAGACAGCACAGGAAGUGGGGAGUUGUCUGGUAAGCUUCUGCGGCAUGCUACAGGGAGUUAUCUGAUUCUCAAAACUUUCUGCUCUAUUUUAAAGGUAUACAUUAUACCCUGUGAAUAGCAUAGCAUGUUUCUUUUGUAUGUUUGUUAUCCUGUGCUGUGUGUUUUUAAUCAUUGUUAUUUUUUCCUGGUUCUGUAAUGGAUUUUUGCCAAAGUCAUUGGCAAUUAUUUUAUCUUUGGGGCUGUUUAGGAGUAAACAAGAGCAAGGCUCUGUGGAGUGGCCAGUAUAAAAGUGACCACAUAAUGACAGAUGAUAAGGUACAGCGACCUGGAAAAAACCUGACGAAUGGUUCUAUAAUAAAUGACGUCUAUUUGUUGUCUGCUGAUGGAUUCACAUUUGAAAAAGGUUAGAGAAAAUGACUUGCGUUUCAGAUUUAAUAGUCCACAGCUAACCUUUGGAUUUGCCUUGUAUUCUAAGUCCUGUGUUUGCCAGUAAUAAAAAAAAAAAAAAAAAAAAAACUCCAGCAUUACUCAAAGCACACCUACACUAAAUACUGUAGCUUUGAGAAUAUGGCCCUGUGUCUACACUGUACUUGCAA